GUAAAUAUACACUAGUACGCACUAGAUUUUGAGGUUAUAAAAAUUAUCUUUUAUCUUCCAAGUGCAAUCAAAUCCCAUCAAAAAUGGUAGAAGAAGGUGAAAGCAAAAAAGCAGCUAAAAAAGAAGCGAAAAAGGCAGAAAAAGCAGCCAAAAAGGCCGAACACAAGGCAACAAACCCUAGCGAAACCCCAACUUCAGCCAGUGAAGAAGUUGAUGUCUCUAAAGGCAAAUAUGGUAACUUGCCCAUGAUCCAAUCUGACCCUACAGCCCCUAAGCUUACCUUCACUUAUAUCAAAGACUUAAAUGAAUCUUUACAAGGGCAAAAUGUUUGGGUAAGGGCCAGGCUACAUACAAGCCGUGCCAGAGGCAAACAAUGUUUCAUCAUACUGAGACAACGCGAGUUUACUGUACAAGUAUUGGUCAAUGUGUCUGAAACUGUUUCUAAGGCUAUGGUCAAGUUUUCCAGCAAUGUAUCCAAAGAAAGUAUCAUUGAUGUAGCUGCAAAAGUAGCCAAAGUGCCUUCAGCUGUAGCCGGUUGCAGCCAAAGUGACGUGGAACUUGUAGCUUCUGAACUGUGGGUGGUUUCAGCUUCAAUGCCCCAAUUGCCUUUGCAAAUUGAAGAUGCCAGUCGGCCAGAAAAGCCUGGAGAAGAAGAUUCUUUGAACAUCAAAGUCAACCAAGACACCAGAUUGGACAACAGAUUUCUAGAUUUGAGAACUGCAACAAACCAGGCCAUUUUCAGAUUAGAGGCCGGAGUUUGCAAACUGUUCCGCGACUCUUUAACCAAUAAAGGUUUUGUAGAAAUACACACUCCGAAGAUCAUUUCUGCAGCUUCUGAAGGCGGUGCCAAUGUCUUCACUGUCAGCUACUUCAAAAGUUCUGCAUAUUUGGCUCAAAGUCCCCAGCUCUACAAACAAAUGGCAAUUGCUGCAGACUUUGACAAAGUUUACACAAUCGGAGCUGUUUUUAGAGCCGAAGACUCCAACACUCACAGACAUUUAACUGAAUUCACUGGGCUAGAUUUGGAAAUGGCCUUCCAACAUCAUUACCAUGAAGUCAUGCUGACUAUUGGCAACUUGUUUACUGAAAUCUUCAAGGGCCUACGAGAUCAAUAUUCAAAAGAGAUAUCAUUGGUCAAUCAACAAUAUCCUGCUGAACCGUUUACCUUUCUAGAACCUCCAUUGGUUUUACAAUAUCAAAACGCCAGAAAAAUGUUAAAGGAACAUGGAGUUGAAAUAGGUGAAGAGGAAGAUUUGAGCACCCCAGUUGAAAAACUCCUGGGCAGAAUAGUAAAGGCCAAAUAUGAUACAGACUUUUACAUUUUGGACAAAUACCCUUUGGCUGUAAGACCGUUUUACACCAUGCCUGAUCCUCAAAAUCCAAAGUCCUCAAACUCUUAUGACAUGUUUAUGAGAGGCGAAGAAAUUCUUAGCGGGGCUCAAAGAAUACAUGAUCCUAAGUUUUUGACUGAAAGGGCCAAACAUCAUGGGAUUGAUGUGACUAAAAUUGCUUCGUACAUUGAGGCUUUCAAGUACGGGUGUCCGCCUCAUGCCGGGGGCGGAAUUGGGCUGGAACGUGUCGUUAUGCUGUAUUUGGGUUUGGAUAAUGUUAGGAAAACUUCCAUGUUUCCGCGUGAUCCUAAAAGAGUCACUCCAUAAAUUGUGAUUGGUUGAAAUAAACUAUUAUUAUUCGCAA